GUUCGUUUAUUUCUAUGCUAAAUCUUCGGAGCUAGUCCAAUCAAUGCGCUCUUACCGAGGUUUUAUCGGGGGGAAGGUUAUCUCGAUUGAUACGCUGUUGUCUGAGGGAUCCGCAUUUCUCUGGCAUUUGAUCUGUUCCUGAUUCUUUUUCACGACUCGUUUGAAUGUUCCCCCCAUUUUAGAUCUUGAUCUGCAAGUUCGCGAAGCACUGGUCUAGAUUUUGGACUUGACGAACUGCUAGUUCGUGAUGCAUUGUGUGCGCGAUCCGGCUAACACUGGCUUCGUCAUUCAUUUCUCCAACUUCUUUUUUUCUUCUUCAAAAUUUACGAAUUUUAUUUCAUUCCCCCAAAUCCCCCAAGCGAAACCAAUUCCCUCUUGCUAACGCGCGCCGCGGAUUCAUCGUGACUCCGCAACCGCCGCCUCGUUAGCCGCGUGCGCCUUCCCGAGAAGAAAAGGUCCAGAUUUUUUCGAUCCGGAGUGCCCGCAAGAGCAGCCCUAAUCUCCGGUCCUCCGGGUGAGAGCUACGGGCUCGCCGCCAUGGACUUCGAUUACGUGCCUGCGACCCCCGGCAGCAGGUGGAUGGGCGAGUCGGCGGCGCGGCGGCGGCAGCGCCGCCUCUCUUCGCCAUCGCUGAGGACCUACCUCACGCCGGCCUUUGACGCCGUCGCCGCUGGGGAUGGCGGCGUGUCCGGGUACUCCUCGUCGUCCUCGGGCGGGCUGGACCUCGGGUUCGACGCCUCGCUCCUCCGCUACCGCCGCGCCUGCUUCGCCGCGUCCGCGGACCUCGACAGCCGUGUCCUCCUCUACUCCCCGCAGUCGGCGCCACCGCCGCCGCCGCCGCAGGCGAGGACGGCGUACGCAGCGGCAGAUGAUGGGCUUUGGGCAGCUGGCGGCGGCCGCCACGGCUCCAAACGUGAGAUGGACCUGUCACAUGUUGCACAGACCGGCAGGCUUCCUGGUGCACCAGGUUUCCAGGAAUUCGACGACGGCGUUCCUUUCAUCCCUUUGCGUCAGGCAACUGCUGAUAAUCCUACUGCAGCAGCUCGAGGCCCUUCCCCCAACUCCAUCAAGCUGCCUGCCGACCCCCGAUCACCAGAAGACGGUGUCCUCCCAGCAACCAACGCGGAGUUUUCAACGUCGAAACCUGAAGCCCAGGCAUCAGCUGAACCUGUAGAGCCAACUGAGGAGCAAGUAAUUGAAGCUCUCUACACCCACCAUCCUGGUCACCGCAGGCUGCCCAUUUUCAGGGAAAUCUGCCCUGAAUGAGCACAAGGCUAUCAUCCUCGAAAAUGAAAGUGCAUGGAUUCUCUUGGCAGUGUAUAUUCUGUGUGCCUCUCUUGUGUUCAUAGGCCUGGUAUGUAGCCGUAAUUGUUCUGCAGUCUGGACGGUUAUUUCUACUUUUUCCUAGGGGAGAAUCUCUCUUCUCUUUGAGCGAGGAAAUUUAAACUAUGCAAUACUUGAGUAAGCCGGCAGUUUUGCUUGCCGUUGUCUGAAGGUUAAUCCUGGUAUAACUGGGUAGCUGAGCCUGCCUCCCUUUUGCCUUC